AUGACGCCCCCCCAAACACCAAGCUCCUCACAGGAGGAUCUUUCGGAAGACCAGGGGCCUCCCACGUUCCACAACUUCCUGCGCGCUCACUAUCCCUUCGACAACUCAGCAUUGGAUGAUUCGAACAUUACAAUGCCUUUGGACCGAGGCGAUAUAUUGAUGGUACACUCGAUACAUACGACUGGCUGGGCGGAUGGCACGCUGCUGGCGACCGGCUCUCGAGGAUGGGUACCAACCAACUACUGUGAAUCAUAUGAGCCGGAAGAAAUUCGGAGUCUUCUUCACGCUCUCCUGAACUUCUGGGACUUGCUGCGAAGUCCAUCAAUCAAUGACCGGGAGCUUUUUAGCUCCCAGGAGUACCUGCGAGGCAUGAUUGCUGGUAUCCGUCACCUCCUACAACGCACAAACUGUCUGCACAAGGAAUCAAGUACGGUGCAACGCAGUGACCUCUUGCGGAGAUGUCGCAAGGACAUCACCUCAGAGACAUCUUCCCUCGUCCGCGCUGCCAGGAAAAUGCAAGAAUUGCAGGAUGGGACACUGAACCCACCGCAAGACCCCAAUGAUAUUUGCGACGAAAUGGUUCUCAAGGCCUGCCAGAUCGUACUCAAAGGUGUCCAGCUCAUCGACACGUUGGAGGAGGAAAGGAGGAAUCGCGCGCCCGCCUCCGUACGGGUCAUGGACACUGUAACGGAGGAAUCAGUCGCCUCUUCCUUCGACCUAUCGCAGGCCUUCCCUCUGCCACUGAACAGACGUCUCUCGUCGUUCUCUCGCCCACCAACCCGCAACGAAUCCUCCCCUCAAGGACACCGCGUAUCGUCCAGCUUGUCGCACCGUGUCUCGUUGGCGGGGCCCUCCUCCUACACUAGGCCUCAGUUCCUCGUGUCCGAACGUCUGAGCCGCAGCCACGACGCCUUUCUAUCUCACAUUGGCUCGUUCAUCGGGCGCUUAUCUCUUCAAUCUCAGUCCUGUCCCGAGCUGGCUUCGGCCAUCAAGCAAUGCGCGAGCAGUGGCAGUGAGCUUUUGGCAGUUGUCGAUGCUGUCGGCACCCACAGCCACUCGAAUUGCGCUGCUCUGGCGCUGGCUCGCUCUAUCCUCUGCGAGAGAAUCCAUGAAUUAGUGUAUGCGGCACGGGACAGUCUGGUGCAAGCUGCUUCCGAGGAGGACCUUAUCAUGCCGAACGGAAACAAAGAGCUGCUCAUGUCCGCCACAGGCUGUGUUCGCUCUGCCGGUGAUUGCAUUGCCAAGGUGCGGAAUGCUAUCGAGCGCCUGGGCGACUUUGAGCUCGUGGAGCUGGAUAGCAGCGGACUCGACAUGGAUCUUAGCAUCCUCGACGCAGCCGCCCGCAUGCGCGAGCGGAAACAGUCCCACGCUGGUCUAUCGGAGACUGCCAGCGCGGCAGAGUCAAGUGGUACGGCAGGCUCGCGAACACCUGGUCCUCGCCAUGCACACACACCUUCACUGGACAAGCCGCUGCCCGAAAUUCCGGCUAUGGAACUUUCCCAGGAAGCGAACCCCUCACCGCCUCCCUCGCGCCCCGAAUCCCAGCAUAGCCAAGGGACGAGCAGACUCAAUUUGCUGCCCAAGCUCUCCACUACUUUGCCAUCGGCGGCCACGGAGAACCCUCAUGAUCAUGAGUAUCAUCAUUCGUCCCGCGUUGACAGUAUGAUCGCCUCCAGCGCCGGAAGCAGCGCCACCUACCUCAGCCGCGAUUCUGAGACCAGUAUCGUCUCGCAGGCGUCGACCCGUGCCACAACCCCUGACCACACUCUUGUACCCCGGCCGAAACCUUCCGUGUCGGAGCUGAGUGCUACCGCUAGCUCAACUCUCACUGAGGAGGUAGAAGAAGUAGAGUCACGGCUCAUGGAGAAGACAUAUGUGCACGAGCUCAUGUUCAACAAGGAAGGCCAUGUGACGGGCGGCUCGUUGCCGGCUCUGGUCGAGCGUCUCACAACGCAUGAAGCGGCGCCCGACACAGUUUUCCUGUCCACAUUCUACUUGACGUUCCGUCUGUUCUGUACGCCCACGAAGCUAGCCGAGGCCCUGAUUGACCGCUUCGACUAUGUCGGCGACAGCCCCCGCAUGUCCGGGCCCGUUCGUCUCCGCGUGUACAACUUUUUCAAGGGAUGGCUCGAGACUCACUGGCGUGAUGAGACAGACCGCGAGGCACUUGUCCUCAUUCUGCCCUUCGCAGAGGGUCGCUUGAGCCACGUCCUCCCGGCUGCUACGGGUCGCCGUUUGGUCGAGCUGGCUAAACGGGUCUCGAGCGGCACCUGCUUAGUGCCCCGGCUCGUGUCGUCCAUGGGCAAGACCAAUACUGCUAUUGCACAGCACAUUGCCAGUGACACACCACUGCCGCCCCCAAUCAUGUCGAGGAGUCAGCAAAAUGCCCUCAACGCCUUUAAGGCUGGAGGCAACACGCCUAGCAUCUUGGAUUUUGAUCCUCUUGAGCUGGCGCGUCAACUUACGGUCAAGCAAAUGAGCAUCUUCAGCUCGAUCAUGCCCGAGGAGUUGUUGGCCCAGAAGUGGAUGAAGAACGGAGGCGUCGAGACACCCCAUGUCAAGGCCAUGUCUUCCUUGACUACAGGCAUUUCCAACUGGGUCGCGUGCACCAUCCUGCACAACGAGGAGAUCAAGAAGCGCGCCGCGGUCAUCAAGCAGUGGAUCAAGACCGCCAACCAUUGCUACGAGCUGCACAACUACGACUGCCUCCUGGCCAUCAUGUGCACUAUUCAGAGCACUACAAUCAGCCGCCUGCGAAAGACGUGGGAUCUCAUCUCGACAAAGCGAAAGGACACCCUGACGCCUUUGCAGGAGGUGUCUGACACAUCAUUCAACUACAAAGCGCUCCGUGCUCGCCUGCAUGACCAUGUUUCACCGUGCCUCCCUUUCCUCGGCAUGUACCUGACGGACCUGAGCUUUGUUGAGGUGGGCAAUCCAGCGACAAGACAGAUGGCCCACGGAAGCGAGACCGGGGAUCAACGAGCCAGUGGGCUGACCGUCGUCAACUUUGACAAGCACUCCCUGACCGCCAAGAUCAUUGGCGAGCUGCAGCGCUUCCAGAUACCUUACCGACUGGCAGAGCACGCAGACAUGCAGGAGUGGUUGACGGUGCAGAUCGACGGCGUGCGUGAAAGCGACAAGGUGAACGUGCAGCGCGAGAACUACCGCAAGAGUCUUGCUCUCGAGCCUCGCGAGACUGUACCUCGCACACCCCUUGAGCAGACGCCGAUGCCGACACCCACGACAUCCCGCGGUGACUUUUUUGGCUGGAUGACGCGUGAGCGCAGCCAGACCAACACGCCAGCGCCUCUAUAA